UUACCAAGAGAACACUUGUCGUUGCGUUGAUUAAAAAAAUUGUGACCAAUAGUGACGUGCAGUUCAUGCAUGCAGUCGAUGCUUUGACAGCAAAUAAUUUUGUGACUUGUGCUGUGCUUUUCUGUGAGUGUUUGAGUGUUGUUUUUAUUCAUGAAAUGAACACGAAAAUCGAAAUGCAAGUUGAACAAUGCCCGUAGAAGCUACGAUUGUAAAAAGAGCAACCAAUGUACACUGGUUUUAGUGACAUCGUGAUAGAGAAAAAGUAAAAAUGUUGUUUAGAGCCAGUGCGGGUUAAGCGAAAAGAUGGGAAAUAAAGGUUUCGGGGGUGAGGUGGUCAGCUUUUUUCUGGCUGUGGCGUUUUGCGUCACGUGCCCCGAGUAUGUAUCGUCUGCACAAAGAGAGCUUGGUAAAGGAUUACCAUCAAACACCUCUGCCACAGUACCACCAGCUGCAGACAACGCAAUACGAACUGGUGUCGAUGCAUCGAGACACACUCCUAAAACAGGACCAUAUUUCGACCUGGCUGCUUCCAAAAAUGUAACUGCACUAUUGGGAAAAACUGCAUAUCUCAAUUGCAGAGUGAAAAACCUGGGAAACAAAACUCUAAACAUGCAAGUUUCCUGGGUCAGACACAGGGACAUCCAUUUGCUCACGGUUGGAAGGUAUACUUACACGACCGACCAACGGUUUAGAGCCAUUCAUUUACCACAUUCUGAAGACUGGACUUUGCAGAUAAAGUAUCCACAGCACAGAGACUCCGGAAUAUAUGAGUGUCAGAUAUCAACGACACCGCAUAUGAGUCACUUUAUUCAUUUGAACGUCGUUGAGCCAACUACGGAGAUAAUUGGCGGGCCAGAGUUGUACAUCGAUCGUGGCAGUACUAUAAAUUUAACUUGUGUGGUCCGGUACUCGCCUGAACCAGUAGCGUAUAUAUUCUGGAACCAUAACCAAGCGAUAAUAAGCUAUGACUCACCACGGGGAGGAGUAUCCGUGGUAACUGAGAAAGGUGAAACGACAACUUCAUUUCUUCUAAUCCAGCAAGCACGGCCGUCAGAUUCUGGGUCGUAUCAAUGUAACCCGAGCAACGCUAAAUCAAGGAGCGUCGUAGUACAUGUUUUGAAUGAAGCAAAUUCUAUUUUUCCUUUGUCAGGUGAGUAUCCUGCUGCGAUGCAAAGAGGUGGACAUGCAUUCGCUCCAACUUCAGUGACCUGCAUUCUUAUUGUUGCAACAAUACUAACAGCUAUAUCUUGACAUACCAUACUAACGGUAAGACUGUAAAUAGUUUCCUAGUCAAACUGGUCACAUUGCAUUUGUGAAAAACAGCAUUCAUCACAAUUGUUAAUAUGAUAAGUAUAUUUUUGCUAUUAAAUAGUGGGUUGUAUAGUAUAUAAUAUUUGAAUCCCUUAUCAAGUAUCCCGCUUGUUUCAUAGUCUCUUUUGUAUGUUAAAUUUCGAAUAUGGAUUCUGUUAUCUAUAAUUAAAAGUUAUAACUACCGCGAAAUAUAUAUUGUACGGGGAUGAAAAACAGCUGACAAUACUACGUUUAACAGAGGUUUAGUAAUAUUGGGGAGUGUAAAUAAUAUGUAUUACAGAUGUACUAUGAUAAUUACUAAAAAAUAAUGUUAUACGAGUUACAUUAUAUAGUUUAACAUCGUUUUAAAAGUGUAAAACUGUAAGUAUAUAUACUGUGUAGGUACCGUUUAUACUUUUGUCUGUAAAUAACUUGUGUAUUUUCUUUUUUUCAUUUAGUUAUACAUUUUAUUUUUCUUUCAUCGUUUGUAAUUUCAACCAGUAAAGUAUCGUUGUUACUAAAUAGUUUAGUUAUGAUAAGCUAGUCAUUGAAAUAUAAGGUAAGCUUAGAUAGUUAUGUAAACAUUUUUGUAACUGUUUUUAAGCGCUGUGGAAUAUUUAUUUCUAUCUCACUAUAUUAUCAAAUGAUAAUUUUCUUAUGCCCUGGUAUAUAUUAUGUCUAGUCAGAUGAAAUAUUUUCGUUUUUUAUUUCUAGAUAUUCCCCGUCCUUAUAUUUCUAACCUCCUAAAUGUAUAGAUCAAUAUUAAGUGCUUUAGCGACAGAUACUGUCAUUAAAAACAUUAUUUUCUCAAAAUUAUCGUAUUUAAUUAUUGUAUAUAGUAUUUUAUGUCCAAUAGAUUAACAUUCAGAAUUACUAUCUCAGUGUUAUGUAAGAGAAUUAUAAACAUAAUAUUGUCUUCAAGUACGUAAAGUUCACGGUAUUGUAUCUCGAGUUAAAAUGUGAAAAUUUUAUUAUUGUAUGCAAAAUACAAAGUCACAAUAGACAGUAACUAUUGUUGUAUUUACGAUACUGUGCGUCUGCGCAAUAUA